AUGUGGCCUUUUAGCAGAAAAGGCCCAUCUGGGUUUUCAUCGUCUUCCACAGCUGAGGAGGUUACUCAAGGAAUUGAUGCAAAUGGCCUCACCGCCAUUGUUACAGGAGCAUCGAGUGGUAUAGGCACCGAAACUACAAGAGUUCUCGCGUUACGCGGAGUUCGUGUAAUCAUGGCUGUCAGGAAUAUGGCUGCUGGAAAGGGUGUCAGAGAGGCAUUAGUCAAAGAAGUCCCCACUGCUAAAGUUGAUACCAUGGAAUUGGACCUCAGUUCCUUGUCGUCUGUGAGGAAAUUCGCGUCGGAUUUCAAAUCAUCUGGUCAUCCCCUCAACAUUCUAAUUAACAAUGCAGGAGUUAUGGCAACUCCAUUCAUGCUUUCCAAAGACAACAUAGAACUACAGUUUGCCACAAAUCACUUAGGCCAUUUUCUUCUGACAAAUCUCUUGCUGGAUACAAUGAAGAAAACAGCAAGGCAAAGUAAAAAGGAAGGAAGGAUUGUCAAUGUGUCCUCCAUUGCUCACCGGUUCCCAUACUCUGAAGGAAUUCGUUUUGACAAAAUUAAUGAUAAAUCAGGGUACAGCAGUGGAGCUGCCUAUGGGCAAUCAAAGCUUGCUAAUGUUUUGCACGCCAACGAGCUUGCGAGACGUCUGAAGGAAGAUGGGGCGACUAUAACUGCAAAUUCCCUUCACCCAGGAGCAAUUCAAACCAAUCUUUUUCGUCAUCUUGGUUUUAUCAACGGUCUUGUGAAUACUAUUGGCAGGCUUGUUCUGAAAAACGUUCAGCAGGGAGCUGCUACAACGUGCUAUGUGGCAUUGCAUCCGCAAGUGAAGGGCUUAAGCGGCGAGUACUUUGUCGAUAGUAAUCUCUCCGAGGCAAGCUCAAAGGGAAAGGACCCGGAAUUAGCAAAGAAACUCUGGGAUUUCAGCAAGAAUUUGACAAAAUGAUCACACCCCAUCUAGUGAUAACUCCAUAAUCCAUCUCAUAAUAAACAUCAUACUGCACGUACGCACGUACCAGUCUUGUACAGUCGUGUACUAAAGACACGAAACUAGCGAAAAUUCCAACCAAGAACACGUAUGUAUCGUUUUUUUUUUUUUUUUUUUUUGUUACCUUUUGAUUUUGAUUUCAUUGUGAACAUGUAGAGAUUAAAAGAAUAUUGAUGAUAUCAGUCACUAUCAGCAGUUGUUUGUAUAAAGAAAAAUUGCAAAG